UCCAAAAGUACUUUUCAGGAUGACAGUGAUUAUUCUACUCCUGCUGGUACUUGCGUUGACUUUUUCUGAAGCGGAGGACAAUGAGCUGUUCUCCGUGAUCAGCACCCCCCCUGAGAAGGGCCAGAGUGUUUUACCUGGCCAGAACCAGAGCACGAGGCUAGGGGUCAAAGACCCCUCUCUCCCCAUCAACGAGCUCCUGGAAAAGGGCAGCAAAGUCGGGGACUCCAAGUACGCCCUCCACCCCCUUCCCUCGGGGGUCUGGCCAAAGCACAGUGACCCUCGCCCCGGCCUCCACAACAAGAGCAAGAAGGGCCCUAAAAAUGACCGCCUCAUUGAGCACAACAGCGAGAAGAACCGCGGCGAGGCGAGUCUAGUGCUUCCCAAAAUGCCACUGACUGCUGCCACCAACCGCACACAGAAAGUAAACGUGGACCCUCACCGGGACGCCCACACCAACUUCAACAACCCCCCACAGAGUGACCCGGACAGUCACCCCAACUCCAGACCCAGGGGCCAACCUCACUCGGCCCCCUCCCCUCGCAGGGACCCCUCAACCAGAAAGCUGGACCCAGAGGAAAACCGCCCUGGGGGGAAGUCCAGUCUGUACCAGUCCGGCGGCGCCACCCGGAAUAACAGCCGCUCAUCUGUGCUCCUCAACCGUCGCUCCUCCAGCCUGCUCUACCAUUUCGACAUUCUGAAACGAGAGUCUGACUUCCCUCACGAGGCCAUCUGCAUGAGUGAGUGCAGGAAGGAGAAGGAGGAGAGAGAGCACUACUGCUACAGUGAAUUUGCCGUCAAUGGGGUCGUUCACGACAUAGACGUGGUGCGUAAGGGGAUUAGACUCCUCACACUGAUGGUGAGCAGCGAUGGCUUCUACAAGAUGAGCCGCCUCUACGUCACUCCAGACAGCUUCUUUCUCAAAGUGCGUCUCCUUGUCCUGGACACCUACAAAUGUAGCAAGCCUUGUCCUGACAUCAAACUAGGUAGCCGGUACAUUGUAAUGGGUCAGAUCUACCACCGGAGGCGCCACCUCCCCAACGACCUCCUGGCCCUGCUGGGGGGGAAACUGAAGCCAGGGGACGGCCUCCUGCGUAGCAACAACUACGUCAAGCGCUUCAACAAGCGGAGACACCAGAAAGCCCUGGAGGCCACCCGCUCCAAGUGUAGGUAAAACCAAGACAGACUAUC